CGAAGAGUAGGCCACGUGCGGGAGUCGUCGUCUUUCAUCCCUUCCCUCCUCCUCCUCCCUCCUCCUCCCCUCCCCGUGCUCCGUAACAACAACAACAAAACACAGCGGGGUUGUUGUAAACCUCCCGGGGGGAGGGGUGGUUGCUCGCGGAUGUUUGUGUUUGUUUAAACCGUUCCGACGCUCUUAACUCGCGCCGGCACGAUGACUUUAACCACGUAGGCUGUAUAAUUCUUCCCAACACGCACCCUCGGUCGAGCUCAACGUUGGUAACCACUGAAUGGAGCAGCACCACACACACGUAUUUGUUUCCGUGACGAGCCCCCGACCAAGUUGGAGCUGUGUCCGGGAGUUGGCGGCGGUGGUGACGGGUUUAACGACGAAAAAGCCAUCGGCGCAAUAGAUUGAGAUAUCUAUAUAGAUUGAGAGAUAUAUAUAAAUUGAGGCGAGUUAACGAACAAUGACGGCUCUGCGAUCGAUCGCGGCUCACUUGAGAGUCGCCCUCGCCCUGCGGCGGGCGACUCGAGCGAGCCGGCGUGGACUUUGCCACCGACCCGGUUCGAACCCAGCGCCGCCACCGCGGUGGGAGUCGCGCGUGGCGCUCUUCUCGUCGCUGCGUCUGCGGGCAGCGAGCCACGUGUCCGUGCUGCCCCUGGACCCGCACGGCUACCCCGAUGGCGACAGAGCAUUUGUUAGGGUCUUCAGGGAACGGGGCAGUGAGCACGGCGAGGGGCUGGGUCCUGUAGAGGGCAUGGGGCUGGGUCCUGGAGAGGUCAUUGGGAAGGAUCCUGUAGAGGUCAUUGGGCAGGAUCCUGUAGAGGGCAUCGGGCAGGAUCCUGGAGAGGUCAUUGGACAGGAUCCUGGAGAGGGCAUCAGGCAGGGUCCUGGAAAGGUCAUUGGGCAGGAUCCUGGAGAGGGCAUCGGGCAGGAUCCUGGAGAGGUCAUUGGGCAGGAUCCUGGAGAGGGCAUCAGGCAGGGUCCUGGAAAGGUCAUUGGGCUGGGUCCUGGAAAGGUCAUUGGGCAGGAUCCUGUAGAGGGCAUCGGGCAGGGUCCUGUAGAGGGCAUCGGGCUGGGUCCUGGAAAGGUCAUUGGGCAGGAUCCUGGAGAGGGCAUCGGGCUGGGUCCUGGAGAGGGCAGUGGAAAUGGCAUUGGGCAGCAGGGCGCGCCCGCUGGUCAGGGCAGUGCGUUGGGCGCACGAGGCGUAAGCGUGGACUACAGCGAUUCCCACAAACGAUUGCAGGUGACGGGGAGUGAGCGAGCCGUCGGUUACCAACUGGAGGUGACCGUGCCAAUUAAAUUUGACUUGGAUCUCGCGACCAGCGGGGAUGGUGGCGUCCACGUGGGCAGCAUGGAAAGCGAUGUGUGCAGCGUACGCACGGACAGAGGCGGCGUUCACUUGGCAUCUAUCAAGGGUGCAGACAUCAGCGUUGAGAGCGAGCACGGAAAUGUGUCAGCAGGGUCCCUGCAGGGUAACGUGAACAUCCAUGCCAGAGGUUGCAAUUCGGUGAACAUCGAUAAGCUGCAAGCGAUUAAAGCGUGCGUUUCCACCAAGCGUGGUCCACUCAACGCGAAAUUUAUUUACGCGGAAUCGUCGCAGUUCAGCUCGACUUCUGGAACUGUGAAUUUGGGGAGCACGCACGGAAACACAGUCGUCACUACGGACGAGGGACACAUCGUCGUAGAAAGCCUGGACGGGGGGUUGGUGGCUCGCACGCGAGUGGGCGACAUCACGGUGCACCUCUCUCAGCCCAGCGCCGUGGAACUUCACAGCGAGCGAGGAGAUGUAAAUAUCAAAUUCCCAGACUCCUUGGGACUAGAAUUCCUUGUUACUGGUGGAAAAGGAGUGGUCGUAAAUCCUGAUGUUCACCUCGAGAGCAUGGAGCUCAGCACUAACGGAAGCACUCAGUCCUUGACAGGUCGGUUGAGCAAGGGUGGCGUGCUGGUCAGAGCCACGUCCAAGCACGGCACAGUGCGUCUGCAACGGCAAAGCUGGUUUCAGUCUCUCGGCCUGAAGGGAAAAUGAACGUUGUUUGGGAGACACGAAUGCGUGAAAAAUGAAUCGAGAAAACAUUAACCGUCGGAGAUUCUUCUGACGACAUUGUCGUUGUAAUGUCCAAUGGAAAUGUAUGAUGGGCAACGUUGAGAGAAGCGUAAGAAGGUCGCAAAGUAGGGCUCGGGAUGUAAAUAUGGGCAAAUCAAAGAUCUUGUGGAACAAGUUCACUUCAACUGGAGACCAUUUUUUUUUCAUCAAGUCGGGCACACUGAGCUACAUAGCUCUUUUUCAGAAGCGACCUGGCCACAAAUGAUUGCCCAAUGCAGUGACUUAUCAUGCGGAAACGUAUAGCAGCCAAAUACUCGAAACAUCUGUCGAAGUGACACGACUGAUUAAACACAGAAACAUAUUUGUACCUUGGACUGCUAUUUGAAGUUGGACCGAAAUCUGAAUUUUGAAAUAAAGAGGUGGAUGAUUGCAGAUUG